AUGGAUAGUUUCGGUGCGAGUACAUCACCCCCAGGACAAGGCAGCGGCUCCUCAAACAACAACAAUAAUAACAACAAUCUCAAUCACGUUAACCAUAACAGUUCGAAUGGCAGAAAAAGCUAUAAUCAGACGACGACACCAGUCAAAUGUGACUUCUGCAGCUAUGAGACCACGCAUCGAGCCAACAUGUAUCGUCAUAAGAAAACUCACACCGGAGUCAAGAACUACGAGUGUUCCAUUUGCGGAGUGAUGACGACCCGGAGCGAUAAUCUGCGUCAGCACAUGCUCGCCAAGCACGGCUACGUUGCUCCUCACAUCUCACACAACUCCAGCGGAGCCACGGACAUGAUCCUGCCGAUAACGAUUUUCGGCAACAGUAAUAACAACAGCAACAUCAGCUAGUUCAUCGAGAAUCCAUCGAGUGGUUGAUGAGUCGAUGAAGUGUCCUAUUGGUUUCGUGCGAGAAU